AUGCCAUCGUCUCAGGUUCCGAAGUUUUCAUCUCUGCCCGAUGAGUUGAGGGAUGGCCGUGGUGUUGAGGGUGCUGUGUUGGAGCGCGCUGAGCAUAUCUUAAGUAAUGUGUGUUCUGAGCUACAAAAGGUCCCACCAACAGUUGAGCGUCUGAGCUGUAUCAAUGGUAUCCUUCCUGAUGGUCAUCAAUUUAAUGCUGAGGAAGCUGUUGACUACAUUGAGAUGGAGAGAAUUUUAAUCGGUGAUAUGCGUGAUGGUGCCGCUAAUCUAGUUCAGAGCUCGGUUCGUCUAUUGAACAACAUGAAGCGUUUUAGAACUACGCAAAACUCUCGCUGCAAGCCAUAUGAAGAAAGUGCAAGUGUUGUUAUCAAGCAGUUUGAGCGGGAUGAGGCUGCUGCCACCGACAGUAGGGCUGGUGAUGGUACUAAGGCUAAUGUUUCUGAUCACGAAACGAAUGAUCUUGGCUUGGAGCGUCCUGAUGUUGAUAUUGAUCAGGAUGAGGCUACUGGCACUGAUAGCAGGGCUGAUGAUGGUACUGAGGCUAAUGUUUCUGAUCCGCAUACGAAUGAUGUUGGCUUGCAGCACCCUAUUGUUGAUGAGGCUAGUCAUAAUGUUGAGGCUGCUGUUGACCGUGGAGUUAAUGAUCCAUCCAUUGAUAAGUGCAAGGGUCCUAUUGUUGGCGAUGAGCCUUGUUUGCCCGUUGGUGAUGUUGCUUUGAAUGUUAGCAGCAGCAAGAUCGAUGAUGUUGCUAUGAAUGCUUCCAAGAUUACUGAUGUUGAGCGUGAGGUUGUCCUUAGUGGUGGAGAUGAUGCUCGUGGUGUUCCAUUGAGUAGUGGGCGCAAUGUUGGUAACAAAGUUGCUAAUGAGGAUGCUAGCGCUGCCAGCAUACUUGAUGCCAAAUCGCCUGGUGUUGGUAUUGCUGGGAAUGAAAAUGUUCCUGAUUGUGAAGAUUUGUCGCCGGAGAAUUUCCCGCCUGGAGGUCUUGAUUAUGGUGAUGCAUUGCAAGAUGCUUCUAGCAUGGAGGAGGUGCCAUCUGAGGAUGAUGAUUUACUUCUGUCAAUUUCUUUUGACCCCUCGACGCAGGAGGCGCUCUUGUCGUCCCAGGAUUUUCUUUCUACAGACCUUGAAAGCGCAACAAUAUUGGUGUCCUCUCAAGAUGUCCCAUCGUCAAACCCUAAAGCUGGAGGCAUAAUGGUCUCAUCACAGGAACUACCGUCGUCGUCAAACCUUGAUAGUCCAGAAAGUGGUAAUGUUGUUAAGGUUGAUACGUUUUUCUUCGCUGUUACGAGGUUGCGCACGAACCGUAUGAAAUGUCACAAGCUGAUGUUUCAAAAUAAAGAAUGUGAUGCCAGUGUUGGUUCUAUUGCUAAAGCAUUUGUCCCCACUGGCAUGCUCAACUCAGACAGUGCUGACGUUGUUUUAUAUUCUCUACGUCAGAAGUACCGAGACACUGACAAGUUGAUAGUUCCUAGAUGGACCAAGAUCCGUGAUGGAAAUAUUGAUUCCAUUGUGCUAAAUUGGUUCACGAGAUCAGGUCCUGAUGGUUUUAACCAAGAGGGUGAUGCAGUUAGAUUCUUAACGACUAUGACAAAUAAUAUAAAGAAGCUUUGGAUGGAGUCGAGUGUAGACAGGGCCAAACCGUUUUCGCCGGUGCAUAUUGAUGGUUUCUCUUGCGAGUUUGUGCGGGUGCCGCAGCAGGAAAACACGCAUGAUUGUAGAUUCUUUAUGCUACAAAACUGCAAGACCUAUCAUUGCCGGGAGGAUGGUGUAAUUGAAAUGUGGCUGGAUCUUGGUGAGAAUGACUAUAGGUUCUUUGGCAGCCAGUUCUCGGAGCUCGAGCGCGUAGCUAUUGAUCUUAGCCACGGGCGUUCUCCUGAAAAGACAAGAUCUGGUGUUAUGAAGGGGCGGUUGGGAGCUCUGAGAGGUAAUACGCCUGCUUGUGCAGAGAGCCCUACUACACCCAAGAACCCCAUUGUGGAAUUGAUAGACAGCGAUGAUGAUGUGUUUGACAAGAUUGCUGGCGUUGGAAGAGUCACGAGGAGCGUUGCAGCCAAAUGUUUAUCUCCCCUUGCUGGAAUAGUGGCUCGUAGAGCUGGUGGUGCUAGGAAAGAUCCUCCUUUGGAUUCUGGCAAUGUUGUAAGCACGAAGCGUGCGCCCAGAGCUCCUAUAAAGGUUUGCUCCCCUGUGCAGCAGCUUCACCCUCAUAAAUUCCCUCACCUGGACAAGGCUCGCAUGUUGUAUAAUCUGUUGCUUAGUGAUGAAUGGAGUGAGAAGUAUGCCGAGAAUACAUUCUCAAUGAUACCUCAGCCCGAUGAAAGCGUAACUAGCUUCACUGGGAAUCGCAUCUGGGAAGUUUUUUCACCUGGGCAAAUGAUGGAGGGUGAUGUUGUGCUUGACUGUUCAUUUUACGGUGAUGAAAAUAAAGUGUUUAAUGUGGAGAGUGCAACGAGAGAUUUCAAGAGCUAUGUUAAAGAUAAGGAAGACUUGCUUAGUGCCGACCUAAUCAUGAUUCCUCUAUUCAAGCCUAUGUUUUUAGCAAAGGAUAAGAAAUUGAACCACUAUUUGUUAUAUGUCAUGAAUCGGUACCGAAGUAGCGUUGACAUCCUUGACUCUUUACCUUAUCCAAAGAACCGCCGUCCUUCAAAGAACACCUAUCAUAAAGACUGCGAGAAGAUUAUUUCUAGAUUGGUCCAAGUAAUGAAGGUUGUGUAUGGUGAUGCUCAGUACAAUGCGAGCAAGCACCCCAAUUGGGACCUGCUUGCAAAGAAAUCAACGUUAGUCAAGGUUCCACUUCAAGGGCCAAAUGAAUGUGGCCAUUAUACUCUGAAUUCUGCGGGAUCCUAUGAUGGUGAAAAGAUCGUUGAGAACAUUUUAGAUAAUGAUCCACACAUUGUUGACUGGAACGCUGAGGAUCUGUAUAGAGUUGUGUUCAACCGGAAUAGCCAGCUUGUGGUUACGGAGCUUCCCAAGGAGGUUCAGGCUUUGGCUCCUGAUGCAUAG